AUGUGCCGUCGUCGUCACCCACUCCCCACCGUCAUCGUCACCCACUUCCCGCCGCCCGUACUCGACCCCCGCAACCCCCGCUCCCACGGUGUCGGUGCCGUCACCCACCCCACGCCGCCCAAAUUCGGCCCUCGCAACCCUCGCUCCCACGACGUCGCCGCCAUCACCCACCCUGCAUUGCUCGAACUCGGCCCUUGUGACCCCCACUCCCGUGGCGCCACCGCCGUCACCCACCCCGCACUGCCUGGACUCGACACCUGUGAUCCCCGCUCCCAUGGCGCCGGCGUCGUCACCCACCCCACACCGCCCGAACUCGGCCCCUGCGACCCUCGCUCUCGCGGCACUGCCGCCCUCACCCACCCCCCGCGACCCGCCCCUUGCGGUGCUGCCGCCCUCACCCACCCCCCGCGACCCGCCCCCUGCGGUGUUGCCGCCCUCUUCAACCCCCCGUGA